CGGUAAUUUAAUAAUGCAAUAUACUACGACUAUUCUCAAAAUAACAACAAGCAUAGAUAAUAAUAAAUGACACCGAGGAUUUACGUGGUAUACCCUGAUUUUGGGCCAGUCCACGGGAACAACAGCUCCGGAGUAUUUCUUUACUAUAACAAUGGUAGGUUACAGAGAUUUUCUCGAUACAAGAAAUAGAACACACGGUGUUUCCCAAACAACCUCACUAUUUCACUCACAAAGAAAUCUCCUAUCUACCCGUGGUAGUGAAAACAUUUCACUACCAAAACCCACAAAAGAAAUACGAACAGAA